AUAACCCAACAUGAAUGUUAUGUCAGUUUAUAUAUUGGUAAUCAACGCAUAUGCGUCUGCAUUGUAACUAGUUUCCUGUAUAAACACAUAUAUAUCAUAUAAUAAUAAAUGUGUGCGUUUCAAGACAACAAUAACGGAUGAGAAAUUGUCUCAUUAUUUUUAUUUCUCAAUUUUUUUUUAAUGUAAAAUUUUUUCCACAAUCAUUAUAAUAAAGAAAUAAUGAGCAAGCAGCAAUUUAUCGCGACUGAUGCAAUCGAUGGUAUUUGGCCCUUUUUACUCAGUAUCGAAUGGAGGGACCCCUGGUUAGCAAUUUUAUUAACUUUUCAUGUGGCCAUCACAAUGACAGCAUUGAUGACGCGAAAUCAUGCCAACUUUCAAAUUAUCCUUUUCCUUAUACUCCUACUAUUAGUCUACUUUUCUGAAAGUAUCAACGAAGUUGCAGCCACAAAUUGGAAGGUAUUUUCUAGACAGCAAUACUUCGAUUCCAAAGGCCAAUUUAUAUCUCUCGUUUUCUCAGUGCCUAUUUUAAUUAACUGUAUGAUUAUGGUGGCAAGUUGGUUAUACCAAUCGAGUCAAUUGAUGACAAGUUUAAAAAGGGCUCAACUUCGACAGAAAGUGAAAUCGCGACAAAUUGAGGAGGAAUCCUCAAAUACAAAUGGUAACGUCACCAGGCAAAAGCAGGAUUGAAUUUUUAAUUCUAGUCAUUAUUAUUAUUAUACGAAAUGUCGUCGUUCAUUUUUUUAACGUAUAGAAAAUAUGUACCUACAGUAAGAUCAGAAAAACAAAAGAAAACAUGUGAUGAAGCUCUAAUUUUCUCUAUUAUAAAUUAUUCGAUUUUUUUUUAAUAUCAUACAAAGAGAGAUUAUUCUCCAUUCACUCAUAUAUUAGAUCUUCAAAUCAUAUAUUAUAUAAAUAUAGGUACUUAGAGCAACACCAGAAUUUUUGACUGUACAGUUUUUUCCGUCUUUGCAGCAUUUUACAAGCAAUAUAAUAUUGAAAGCUGCUCUUUUUUAACGAAAAAGUAGGCAUAAUAUUCGCGCUAUAUCAAAACUUGAAUUAAUAA